CUUCGGGUGUUUUCGUGGCUGGCGUCGAUUGGCAGUUCGAUAAGGGUGGAGACUGCGCUAUGUCCAGCGGAGGCAUCUUUGCCGUUCUCGCGUGUACGCUAACGAUACACAAUAAUCACACGCUGACAGUCUAUCGGGCGUGAGCGAUACAGGAUUGACGUGGAAAUGGAGUAGUGAGACACGGUAUUUAAACCAUGUCCACGAAAUCGAAGGAGAAGGUCAUAGCCGCUAUCCGGAAGCUUUUCCGAUCUUCCGAUAAGAUUGCGGAGCCGGAGGGAGCCAGCGGCUCGACCAAUUCACCAUCGAGGAGACUCUUGAAUCGUCAUCACCGUCCGGACAUCGUUAUUCCGGUGGACGAUCCGAUACCGGAAAAUCCAGAUUCCACUCAUGUCGAUCGUAAUUGUUUCUUCAAGAUGAAAAAGUCCGCAAAGGACAAUAACGAAUACAAGACCGCUAGCGACAAGGACGUAGGUUUGCGUCGACUGAUGAAGGAAUUUAACAGGAUUCAGAGAGCACAACGUCAUGGUGAUUCGGCCUUCACCGCCGAGCUCGUCAACGAUAAUGUCUUUGAGUGGUCCGUCCGAUUGCACAAGAUCGACCCGGACAGCAGAUUGGCAGCCGAUAUGCGUGAGCUGAAGAUACCUCAUAUAUUGUUGAAUGUGAUCUUCCCGAAGGAGUUUCCAUUCGCGCCACCUUUUAUGAGAGUGAUCUCGCCAAGGAUCGAGCAGGGCUUUGUGAUGCACGGCGGUGCUAUCUGCAUGGAACUCCUCACACCGAGAGGAUGGUGUUGUGCAUAUAGUGUCGAGUCGAUGAUCAUGCAAUUCGCAGCUAGCGUUGUGAAAGGACAAGCCCAAGUAUCGAGAAAGUCAAAGCCAAGUAAGGAAUACAAUCGACAAUUGGCCGAAGAGACAUUUAAGAAUCUGGUGAAAACACACGAAAAAUAUGGUUGGGUAACCCCGCCGCUCGCCGAAGGCUGAUCUUAGAAUAUAUAUUAUUGUCCGGAGCCGGAAAAGGUUCGCGUUUCUUACUUAAAAAGAAGCGUACGAACCAAUAUAAUUCUUUAUCCGAUUUUUCCGGAAACGCCGACAGUGAUUUUUUUCCGUUCUGUCAGGAAAUCCAAGUGUAAUUUCGUUAUACGAAUAUACACAUGUAGCCAGAAAGGAAUUUAUCGAAUUUGUCGGAUAAAUACAAAACGUGCGCGUAAGUUUUCUUUGCAUUUUCACACAUUUUUCAACUUUUGUAAUAAAUACGU